AAGCGAUCUAGUCUGCUUGCCUUGAUGGUCGCUUGUGCCAGGACUCGGGCACUUUCAAUUUUGAAUUGCAUAGCGGCGUUUUGACCAGAAAUGUUUCAUCUCAUGGGGCGACACGGGCACGUUCACAAAGCAAAAAAAAGUGUUGUUGACAGAGUACAUGUUGUUUUAAAGCAUUUCUCGCUAUGGCCUUCUUGGAACCCGGGUAGUAGAUUUGUUUCGAGCGCAGCUUUCUGCUUUGUGGUCUGUUUCGCUACCCUUGUUGCAUCAUUUUUUCCCCAUUCAAGUCACACGGAUAUCAUAAUUGGGACCAUUGAUAUUCCGAAGCAUGCUUGUCGGACGAAUCAGUCUUGAGGAAAGGCCUAGGAUCACAUUUAAGUGAUCAAUAGAGAUUUGACCCUCUAAAUCAGUGGGGUCUCUGUGAAAACUUUCCGG